CACAUGAUCAUACGUUGUCACGUGACCAGGAAAUAGUUGCUGGUCCAAUAUGGCGGUCUGCAUAGCCGUUGUUGCUAAAGAGAAUUAUCCGUUGUACAUACGCAGCGUGCCGUCGGACAGCGAGCUCAAGUUCCACUACACGGUGCACACGUCGCUGGACGUCGUGGAAGAGAAGGUGUCGGCCGUAGGCAAGGUGAUUGUGGACCAGCGGGAGCUAUACUUGGGCCUGCUGUACCCCACCGAGGACUACAAAGUCUACGGCUACGUCACCAAUUCCAAAGUGAAGUUUGUCAUUGUGGUGGACUCAUCAAACACGUCGCUGCGUGACAACGAGAUCCGCAGUAUGUUCCGGAAGCUGCAUAAUUCCUUCACCGAUGUGAUGUGUAACCCUUUCUACAACCCUGGGGAUCCCAUUCAGUCAAAGGUGUUUGAUAGUAUGGUGUCCUCCAUGAUGGUACAGACUUGCUGACAAUUUCUUCAGAUUGUAUAUUUCUGUACAUAACAUUCCUACCUAUGCCUUGUGUAGUAAACUCCCUGUGUUUUGUGUGGAGGUUGGAAAAUUAAAUUCAUGUAAGCCACACCAGUGCAUCCUUUUUCCCCAUAAAGAAAUGUACUACUUUAUUUACAAUGAACAUUUAGCUGUAAGUUACAAAAACAAAACAAAUUCAAGGCACAGCUGCAACAUCCCCUCUCCAACAUAGGCUGUAUUUUUAAAAAAAAAAAAAA